GACGUUUAACCUAACCUCUAAAAAAAUCCAUAUUUUACUCAUUUUAUUGGCGUUUUCUUGAAUUUUUAUUCAACCAAAAUUUUCAGUGUAUUUACCUAAAUAUUAAAAUGGUUCUUUCUGACGGAGUUAAACAACGCCUUUCCAUUGUUAUCGAAAUGGGAAAAACAGUUUUCCAUUAUGGAUUUAUUCCUACUGUCCUUUAUUUAGGAUUUAGGCAAGGAGCUGAUCCUGGCAUGCCAGAAAUUUCAAUAGCAAACUUACUAUGGUAAAGAUUCUCCCCAAAAAAAAAAGAAAUAGUGUACAGUUAGUUCUACCUUAAGUGAAAGCAGAGAGAUGGCCAAUACAUUAAAAACAAACAACUGUGUUUUUAGUAUAUUGUUUUAUUAAUUGCUAAAAAAUGUGAAUAGAAAGUUGUAUAAUUAGCAAA